AUGUCCUCAUUCCAGGUGGUGGAUUCCUCACCUGGCAGCAGUGUCAUGAGUAUCAUGGAAACGUCCAAUUUUGCUCACGUCAUUUUCCAAAAUGUCGGCAAAAGUUUCCUGCCUCAGGCACCACUGGAGUGUCGCUACACUCUCACCCCUUACAUCACGCCUCACUUCAAGGACUGGGUGGGCAUUUUUAAGGUUGGCUGGAGCACAGCUCGGGAUUACUACACCUUCGUGUGGUCCCCCAUGCCUGAAAAAUACGAGCCAGGAAGUACUGUGAACAGGACUGUGGUGUUCCAAGGUUACUACGUUCCCAAGUCUGACGGGGAAUUCUACCAGUUCUGUUAUGUGACACAUGGCGGCGACAUAAGAGGGGCAAGUACGCCCUUCCAGUUCAGAGCAGCCACACCCACCGAGGAGCUUCUGACCGUUAGUGAGGAAGACAGUAAUUCCGAUAUACUGGUGGUCACCAACAAAACUGGCCUGCUGGAGCGUGUGGAGGAGACGCAACAGGAGCUCAGGGAGCUACUGAAAUCAAAGCGUCUCCUUCAAGAAGAAAAACAGCAGCUGCAGGAGGAGCAGAAGCGACUUUCACGCGAGCGGGAGCAAGAGAGGGAGACGUGCUGCCUACUCCGAACACACAAUCAGGAGCUCCUGCGCUCCUCGCAAUGUCUGUCAGAGGAACGUGAGGAGGUAAGAAGGAGGCUAACGGAGGCGACGGAUAGAGUGCGGCAGCUCGAAGAGGACCUGUUAGGAGUCACUCAAAGGGGCCUCCAGAAAGAGACCGAGCUGGACUGCUUGCGUGACCGUUUGAAGAAGCUGACAGCUGAGAGAGAUAACUUGGAAAUCCAGUUGAAGAAUGAAAAGGAUGAGAGGGAUCUUUACAAGACUCACCUGCGUAGCACAGAACUGGAGAAUACCAAGCUGAGCGCCGAGCUGCAGAUGCUGAAGGCAGUGGAGCUCAAUCGAGAGGUGACCAUCGCUCAGUUCCAGGAGGAGCUGGACAGGCUGCGUAGCUGUGCGGCACAACGUGACAGUCUGGAGAAAGAGUUGCUUACACUCAAAGAUGACAAGGCUGAGUUGGCGCGUGUGCGCGAGCAGCUACGCCAGGCCGAAGAGCAGCUGGCAGCAUCCCGCCAGCAAGCGUCCUUGCUGGCUUCGGAGCUCCGCGACUCGGCCAGCGCCCGCGACCACUCCAUGACGGAACUGUACCGCGCCCGCCUGGAGGUUGACAAACUCCGCGCCAGCCUUUCUGACGCGCAGGCCGAAUGCCAAAAAAUGGAGGAACAGCUGGACCGCAUGAGAAGCACUGCACACAAGGAGAUGGGUGUCGGGACCAAUGGCGAGCCCAAUGGCGAGCCGGCUCCUAGCAUGCUAAUCGUGUCAGAAGCAGAAGCCGAACUGCAGAGGGAGGUUGAAGAACUGAAGCUGCGUCUCCACAUGGCGGCCGAGCACUAUAAGGAAAAAUACAGAGAGUGCCAGCGGCUCCGCAGGCAGGUGGCCAAACUGAACACUAGCGAGUCGCACGUGGAGCACAAGAGAAACGCGUCUACCGAGACAGUCUUGGAGCCACUGACGCCAACUCCUGAUUCACCUACAGCAGGUAUGCUUCCUGCCUCUCCCAAAAGUAUUGCCCUCCAAGAGGCCUCAACCUUGACAAUCAGCACUGAACUUGAAAACCCGGAAUGUACACACAGCACCACAGACAUUGAGGAGAAGCAGGACGACGACAAGUCGGCCCAGGAACGAGAAGAUGACGAGAGGAGGGAGGACAGCUUGCGCAUGACGAGCUGGGUGGAGGUCCGGACCAAGUGGGCGGGCGCGGGGGCGGAGCAGACAGAGGAGGAGGAUGCGGGGGAUAUGUCGGACGAGAGAAGACAGGAAGAAGAAACUGCACAACAGAGCCACUCUGUGGAGGAGGAGCUGGCGCUAAUGGAAGAAAAGUGGAAGGAGCAGUGCGCCAUUAAUGAGACGCUCAAACAGCGGCUGGCCAAUGAGGAAGAGCGAUUUCGAGUACAGAUGGCAGAGAGGACCAGCGAGGUGAUGGAGUUGAAACGUGACCUUGCUCAGGCUUUGAAAGACAAGGGGAGACUACAAGAGGAAUUGCAUCACUUCCUAAGUCGUGAGCAUGACCGUGGUGACGAAGCAGAGGUCGGGCGAGCAUUGGUGCUAAGGUACCCGCUGCCAUACCCGCAGGACCCCUCGCCACCUCCCCUGGUGCCACAAAGGCCUGCCGAACUGCAGUUUGGUAACCCAUAUGGCAACGAAGGCACACAUGACCAGGAAACAGAUGUCUCACUUUCUCCGGAACAAUUGAGCCGUCCUCCACCUGAAGCCCCGCCUUGUGCCACUCCCUGCGCGCCGCCAAUCACUCUAACAGACCUAAACUCCAACCCCGGGGCAGGCUGGGACCAAGAGGUGGUCCGCAUCCAGCCUUCACGCAGCACCAGCCCCCCAAAGACCGCGGAGAACCCACCUGAGGAAGUGCACAAUGCGGGUGACGGAGCUCAGACAUCCCGCGAUCGUCCGCCCGGCAGAAGGGACGAAACAAGGACCAACUUCUGCUUUGAUUCCAGAAGCAACGUCCACAAGCGUUGCCCACUGUGCGAGGUGAUCUUUCCACCCCACUUUGAGCAACGUAGCUUCGAGCAGCACGUGGAAAGCCACUGGAAGGUGUGCCCCGUGUGCGCCGAGCAGUUCCCCCUCGACUGCCAGCAGAGCGUCUUCGAGAGACACGUCCUCACGCACUUCGACGGCCACGUGCUCAACUUCGAUCAGAUCGAGUGA